AGCCCGUGCCGUCCUGAUUCCAUUGUAAUGUAAGCUGGUCAAAGCUACAAGCCGGUUAUAUACGACGCUACUCCAAGAAAGGAGAAAAAUAUAAGCAAAGCAAGGAGGCAGUAAAGGAUGGGUAUCAGUAGCAGAUCAUUGACAGAUAAGAUACUAAUAUUCAAGAAUGAGAGGGCCGUAUCCCUUACGUCAAAGGAGUUUUGAAUCUUGAUUACUGAUACAUUCUUGAAAUAACAAUAAUGAAUUACUAGAUAAAAUAGGCAUACGGCAUAAGUAUCAUUCCAACACUUUGGAUUUAACCUCGAUCUCUAUGGAUGCUUCAUACUGCUACCUCCUGCUUUUUCCCUUCCUGUAUUUACUUACCAAUCAAAUCAUCAGAAAGUUCCAGAAUCUCCCACCAAGUCCACCUCUGUCCUUACCCAUAAUUGGCCAUCUUCAUCUCAUCCAGAAACCACUCCACCGAGGGCUUGCUAAGAUCUCCGAUAAGUAUGGUCCAAUACAGUUUCUUCAUUUUGGUUCUCGGCCUGUCCUGCUUGUAUCUUCACCCUCAGCUGCAGAAGAAUGCUUCACCAAGAAUGACAUAAUCUUCGCUAACAGGCCCCGAUUUCUCGCCGGAAAACACCUUGGCUACAACUAUACAACUCUGGGAUGGGUCUCAUAUGGCCAACACUGGCGCAACUUGAGAAGAAUAGCUACUCUGGAGAUCUUAUCUGCUACCCGAAUUCAAGCUUACACGAGCAUCCGUGUUAACGAGGUCCAUUCAUUGAUCAAGUACCUUGUAAAGGCCUCUAAAGCUAGUGACUCUAGCACGGUUGAGAUGAAAUCGGCCUUCUUUGGGCUGACACUUAACAUCAUGAUGAGGAUGAUUGCAGGAAAGCGAUACUACGGCAAUGAUGCCCAGAACAAGGAGGAAGCCGCAAGGUUCAAAGAGAUAGUUAAAGAGACUUUUCAACUCAGUAGGGCGACAAACAUAGCAGAUUAUAUUCCAUUAUUGAAGUUUUUUGGGCAGCAGAAGCUUGAAACCAAGCUGAAGACUUUGCAGGCGAAGAGGGAUCAAUUCUUGCAAGAUUUGAUUGAAGAACACAGAAGAACCGUGAGGAGUUCCGACAGUGAGAAGGGCAACAAAACAAUGAUAGACGUUCUCUUGUCCCUCCAACAGACCGAGUCCGACUACUACAUUGAUGAGAUCGUCAAAGGCAUGAUUGUGCAAAUGUUAUCAGCAGGAACCGACACAUCAUCUGGAACAAUGGAAUGGGCACUCUCCCUCCUGCUCAACAAUCCACAAGUUCUAAAGAAAGCCCAGCAAGAAAUUGACGCGUACGCUGGCCAAUCAAGGCUUAUCAAUGACUCGGACUUGGGUCAGCUGCCUUAUCUUCAUGCAAUUAUUAAUGAAACACUGCGCAUUUGCCCGGUGGCCCCUAUUCUGGUGCCUCAUGUGGCAUUAUUUGGUCCAUGAUAAUUAUUUGGUUCUGCUUUGCUGUCGUGAAC